AUGGCAUCCAUGGACUUCAAGACCUAUGUGGAUCAGGCCUGCAGAGCUGCUGAGGAGUUCGUCAACAUCUACUACACUACAAUGGACAAGCAGUGGCAGCUGUUGUCCCACCUGUACAUGGGCACGGCCACUCUGAAAUGGAAUGGAAACACUGUUUCAGGACAAGAAUCCUUUGGUGAGUUUUUUGAGAUGUUGCCUUCAAGUGAAUUCCAAAUCUACAUGGUUGACUGCCAGCCUGUUCAUGACUCAGCCAUGCCAAACCAGACCACAGUCCUUGUGGCGAUCUGUGGAACUGUGAAGUGUGAGGGCAACAAGCAAUGGGACUUUAACCAGAACUUCAUCCUGACCACCCAGGCCUUACCCAGCAACACAGUGUGGAAGAUAGCAAGUGACUGCUUCUAG